AUGGUCAUCACGUCUGUCAUCACCGAGGAGACAGCAGACCUGCACCUCGUGGCGGGAAAGGGCAAGUUCAUGCUGUCCCAUGCGGAAAUGUCGCCCGGCCGCGUGGUGCCCAUGGAACAUGGCUCAGACAGCAAGGCCGACUUUGGCGCGCUCGUGUACGGCAUCGACCUCAACAACUUUACCGAUGCAGACUUUGCUCUGAUCUCAGACGCGCUACACCGCCACAAGCUGCUCGUGUUCAAGGGGCAGCCACAGAUGCUGGAGCCGCAGCAGCAGUACAAGCUGACGUCGAGCUUUGACCCGGACGAGGCGAAGGGCGGGUUUGCGCACGGGGCAGACCCUCUGUUGACGACGCACAACGGUGUGAAGAUCUACGGCAUUCCGAAGCGGCCGGCGAUCCCGGUGCAGCCGCAGGUGCACAUCCUGGGCCGUGGGCCGCUGCCGACGGAUCACUACGGCUUUCCGCCCGGCUUUGAGGUGCAGGGCAUCGACCACGCAGACUUCCACUUGCCGCCGCACAUCGCCGAAGCCGACAGGGCGGCAGGUGCUAGCCGGUUCUACCAGUGGCACUUUGACGGGGCACUAUACAAGAUCCCGCCACCGCGGGUGGGCUGCCUGCUGGCGGUACGCACGCCCAAGGGACCGGACGUGACGGUGCGCUGGGAUGACGGCAGCGGCAGAGAGAUGUUCAUGGCACCGGGCGCGACGGCUAUGGUGGCCGGGUCGCGGGCGCUCGUGCUGCUGGACGCCGAGACGCGGGCAGUGGUGCUGCACAGCCGUAUCGAGUAUGCGCCGCACGCAUUUGUGUGGAUGUCGACGGCACGGAGCAGCCGACUGGGCCACCUGAUCGAGACAGAGGGCCGCGAGAUGCCGCUCGACCGGCUGCCGGCCUGGGACCCAGCCCACGUGUGCGUCUACCCGAUGGUCUGGACGAAUCCGGUCACGGGCGAGCAGUCGCUGCAGGUCCACGGCCAAGGCGCCCGACGGCUGUUCCUUAAAAGCAGCCCCGACGGUGAGGAAACGGUGGUCGAGGACCUGGCCGAGGUCCGGGCAUUUAUGGAUAAAAUCAUGCGUCCCGUGCUCUCACCCGAAAACAUAUAUGCCCAUCGGCACGAAGAACAGGAUGUAAUCCUGUGGUACAAUCGGGCACUGUGGCACAGUAUCACGGAGUUUCCAAAGUCUUAUGGGCCGCGGGUGAUGCAUCAGUGCAAUGUCGCCGCCAGCGAUCACCCAACAGCCUAG